AUGUUUAUCUUCUUUUUUAAUCAUAUAAAAUUUGAUGAUUCAUCAUAUCAAAUUGGUACUGGUAUUUAUGAUAUUACAGGUCCAGCUGCUGAAACUGGUAUGAUGGGAUAUGCUAUGCCAGGUCAGAUUACAGGAGGUCUUCAUUUUCGUUUAAGAGCAAGAGCAUUUGUAUUUGUUGACAGUAAUGGUAAUAGAGCCGUUUAUGUUUCAACAGAUUCAUGUAUGAUUUUCCAAGCAGUUAAAAUUAAGGUUAUUCAAGAUUUACAAGCUAUUUUUGGAGAAAAUGUUUAUAGUCACGAAAAUGUUUUAUUAAGUGGUACUCAUACUCACAGCGGCCCAGGAGGAUAUUCAAUGUAUGCACUUUAUGGUAUUACAACAUUAGGUUUCUAUGAAGAUAAUUUUAAUACUAUUGUUGAUGGUAUUGUUCAGGCAAUUGUUAGAGCCCACAAGAGUGUCGCUCCAGCCAGAAUGUUAGCACAACAAGGUGAAUUAUUAGAGUCCAAUAUCAAUCGUUCCCCAACCGCUUAUCAAAACAAUCCAGAAGAAGAAAAAGCUCUCUAUGACUAUGAUGUCGAUAAGAAUAUGACUGUUAUUAGAAUCGAAGAUUUAAAUGGUAACCCAGUUGCAGCAAUGUCAUUCUUUGCUGUCCAUUGCACCAGUAUGAAUAACACAAAUCAUUUAAUCAGUGGUGAUAAUAAAGGUUAUGCUAGUUAUAUGUGGGAAAAAUAUCAAAAUGGUAAUUCAACACUCCCAGGCCAAGGUCCAUUCAUUGCCUCAUUUGGUCAAAGUAAUGAAGGUGAUGUAAGUCCAAAUACUAAAGGAGCCUUCUGCCCAGAUGGAACUCCUUGUGUAGAUUCCUCAUCAACUUGCAAUGGAAAGAAUGAGGGUUGUAAAGCAAUUGGUCCAGGUAAAAAUGGUGAUAUGUUUGAAAGCACUCAAAUCAUUGGUACAAACCAAUUCAAGAAAGCACUUGAAUUAUUUGAAAAUGCCUCUAUCCCAGUUCAAGGCCCAAUUCAAUACAGACACUCAUGGGUUCAAAUGACCAACAUCUCUGUCCAAGCUCCAUUUAACAAUGGUGUCGAAGGUGCCACUACCUGUAGAGCUGCUAUGGGUUAUAGUUUUGCUGCUGGUACUACUGAUGGCCCAGGUGCAUUUGAUUUCACCCAAGGUGACAACUCUACCUCUGGUAACAUUUUCUGGAAUUUCAUUUCUAAAUUUAUUGCUGUUCCAACUGAAGAUCAAAAACAAUGUCAAUCUCCAAAACCAAUUCUCAUUGAUGUUGGUUUAACUAAACCAUACCCAUGGACCCCAGAUGUUUUACCAGUUCAAAUUAUUACCAUUGGUCAAAUUGUUUUGGUUGCUGUUCCAGGUGAAUUCACCACUAUGUCUGGUCGUCGUCUCAGAAAUACAGUUCGUGAAGUCAUUGGUCAAUCAAUUCAAGAUCCAAUUGUUUUAGUUGCUGGUCUUGCCAAUACUUACUCUGGUUAUAUUGCCACUUACGAAGAAUAUGAAACCCAAAGAUAUGAAGGUGCCUCAACUAUUUUCGGUCCACACACAUUGGGUGGCUAUCAACAAGAGUUUGCUAAACUCGCUCAAUCAAUUGUCGAUGGUACAGAAGUUGAUCCAGGAACCUUCCCACGUAACUUAACAGGUCACACUCUUUUCUUCUUACCACCAGUUAUCUUUGAUGAAGCUCCAAGUGGCGAUGAUUUCGGAAAGAUUUAUACCGACGCUCAAGAAUCCUAUUCCGUAGGUUCACAAGCUAGUGUUGUUUUCUAUGGUGCCAAUCCAAGAAAUAACUUUAUGAUAGAGUCAUCUUUCUUGACUGUUGAUCAAUACGUUAAUAACCAAUGGGUUACCGUUUUAAAUGAUGGUGAUUGGGAUACCAAAUUCAUUUGGAAAAUGCAUAAUUUAGCUCAAUCCUUAAUUACUAUCGAAUGGAAUAUCGACCCAAGCACCCAACCAGGUACAUAUCGUAUUACCCAUACUGGUUACGCCAAAAAAGAUCCAAUUUCAAAAGACCUCACUCAAUAUUUGGGUGUUUCAAGAACAUUUACUGUUACCAAUUAAUUUCUCUUAUAGAUUUAAUAUAUAUAUUUUUUAUGUGUUCUUUUUUUUAAAAAAAAAAUAAUAAAUCCUUUUUUUCUUAUAUAAUAAUAAAAAUUAAUAAAAACUAAUAUAUCUAUUAAAAUAAUUGUAUAUUUUAAUAGAGGAAAAUAAUUAU